AUGGAUAUCGAUAUCAGGCUACUAAUAGUACUAACUCCAGUAUUAGCAGCAGGUUCUUGGGCUUUAUACAACAUUGGUAGAGUUGCUUUACAACAAUUUCGUAGCAUGUAA